CGGAGGAGGAGGGAGGGGUGUGUCACGUGACGGUGCAGCGCGCGAGCUCCAUAGGCGGCUGUUUACAAACAAUCAGCUGUUAUUAAGGCCGCUUCCUGUGGAAGACUGAAGCAGGAUGGAAGUGGAGGUUUCUCAGUCCUGUUACGUUGGAGACAUCGGCUGCUGGGCUGAGAGAACGGAGGUCCACAAGGCGGCGUCCCUUGGCCACGCCUCUCACCUGCAGCGCCUCAUACAGAGCGGCGCUUCGGUCAACGUGGUGGCUGUGGACUCCAUCACCCCGCUCCAUGAGGCCUGCCUACGGGGGCAGGCCCAGUGUGUGCAGCUGCUGCUGGACGCUGGAGCACAGGUGGAUGCCAGGAACGUGGAUGGAAGCACGCCGCUGUGCGACGCCUGUUCCUCUGGGAGUCUGGAGUGUGUGAAGCUGCUGCUGGAUCAUGGUGCCAUGGCUAACCCCGCCCUCACCUCCCGCACCGCCUCCCCUCUUCAUGAAGCCUGCAUGGGAGGUAACUCAGACUGUGUGAAGCUGCUGAUUGCCAUGGGCGCUUCUCUAGAGGCAUACGACCUUUACUACGGCACCCCGCUGCACGUGGCUUGUGUUAACGCGCACACCGAUUGUGUUAAAGUUCUUCUCAAUGCAGGUGCUAAAGUCAAUUCUGCUCGGCUACAUGAGACUCCGCUGCACCAUGCAGCUAAACAUAUGAGCGUUGAGAUGAUUGAGACACUGGUAGAGUUUGGGGCUAACAUCUACGCCAGAGAUCAACACAACAGGAAACCGGUGGAUUACACCACACCUGGCUCUCCCUCUGAAGCCUGCCUGCAGUUUUAUGAGUCCAGACCAAUGACUCUGCAGCAGCUCAGCCGGUUGGCGGUGAGGAGGAAGUUGGGAACCACAGCUCUAAACGCUAUAGCUCAACUCGAUGUGCCAAGGCUAAUCAUCAGCUUCCUCUGCUAUCAGUGACUCAUCUUCUUG